AUGGCCGAGGAGUUCGCCCGCAACCGGCAGUACGAGUACCGCGCGAACUCGAACCUCGUGCUCGAGGCGGACCGGGAGACGCGGCGGCGCACCGACGAGCCGACGGGCGAGGUCGAGUCGCUCUGGGGGCGCAUGGGCGCGCAGCGCAUGGGCGACAAGGUCCGCGGCGGCCGCGCGCCGGACGGCGACGAGCGCGCGCGGCGCGCCAGGGCGAGCCGCGAGAAGCGGCGGCGCGGCGACGCGGAGGACCUGGCGACGCAGAAGCGGCGGCGGCGCGGCGACGGCGGCGACGGCGCCGACGACGGCGCCGACGGCGGCGGCUACCGGCCGCGGACCAAGGAGGCCCGCGCGGCGUACGAGGCGAUCCUCGCCGACGUGCGCGCGGCCCUGGGCGACGCGCCGCGCGACGUGCUCGCCGGCGCGGCCGAGGAGGCGCUGCACGUCCUCAAGCGCGACGGCGUCCGCGACGCCGACCGCCACGCGGAGCUCGAGCGGCUGCUGGGCGCGCGCGUGCCCGACGAGCGGUUCGCGGCGCUCGUCGCGCGGGGCAAGCGCGUGACCGACUUCGACGCCGGCGGCGCCGGCGCCGGCGGCGACGACGCCGGCGGCCUCGACGAGGAGAUGGGCGUGGCGGUGGUCUUCGACGAGGACGAGAGCGACGACGAGGCGCAGGACGUCGACGAGGUCCACUCGGAGGAGGAGGACGACGACGCGGCGCGGGGCGUCGAGGCCGCGCGCGACGGCAAGCUGCUGACGGGCGUGGGCGACGACGCCGCGGCCGCCGCGGGCGCCGCGGGCGCGGACGGCGCGGCGCCGCUCGACGUCCACGCCGUCGACGCGCACUGGCUCCAGCGCGGCAUCUCGGCGUUCGUCGAGGACGCGAACGCGUCGGCGCUGCUGGCGCGCGACGUCCUGGCGGCGCUGGGGCCCGACGGCGGCGACGAGCGCGCGUGCGAGACGCGGCUCGUCAUGCUGCUCGACUACGACCGCUUCGACUUCAUCAAGACGCUCCUCGCGAACCGGAGCCGCGUCUUCUACUGCACGCGGCUCAAGCAGGCGCAGACCGAGGCCGAGGCCGAGGCCGUGCGCGCGCAGAUGGCGGCCGACGUCGACGGCGGCGGCGCGGCGAUCCUCGAGGCGCUCGCGCAGACGGGGUCGGCGGAGACGUGGGCGCAGGACCGCGCGGCGGACUUCGCGAACCGGACGCGCCGCGAGGCCGUCGGGCUGUCGAAGCUCCGCGGCGUCCAGCUCGACGACGGCGAGCGCGCGCGCCUGGCGCGCGCCGACGACGACGCGGCGGCGGCCGGCGCGGCGCCGGCGGCGCCGCCGGCCGAGGCGCGCGGCGGCGGCGCGCGCGCGCCGGCGCGCGUCCUGGACCUCGACGCGCUCGCGUUCGCGCGCGGCGCGCACCAGAUGACGAACCGGCGGUGCGAGCUGCCGCCCAAGUCGUGGCGCGCGCAGAAGAAGGGCUACGAGGAGGUCCACGUGCCGGCGGCGGUCAACACGGAGGCGUCGAAGAUCCCGCUCGUGCCCGUCGACGCGCUGCCCGCGUGGACGCGGCCCGCGUUCGCCGGCAUGAGGACCCUGAACACGGUCCAGUCCAAGCUGCUGCCGGCGGCGCUGCGGUCGUCGCAGAACCUGCUGCUCUGCGCGCCGACGGGCGCCGGCAAGACGAACGUCGCCGUGCUGGCGAUGCUGAGCUGCCUCGCCGCGCACCGCCAAAACGCGGAGGACGACGCGUGCUGCCGCGUCGACCUCGACGCGUUCAAGAUCGUCUACGUCGCGCCGAUGAAGGCCCUCGUGCAGGAGGUCGUGCUCAACUUCGGCAAGCGCCUCGCGCCGUACGGCGUGCAGGUCCGCGAGCUGUCGGGCGACCAGUCGCUGACGGUCGCGCAGAUCCAGGCGACCCAGGUCAUCGUCACGACGCCGGAGAAGUGGGACAUCGUCACGCGCAAGGGCGGCGACCGCGCGUACACGCAGCUCGUGCGCCUGAUCAUCAUCGACGAGAUCCACCUGCUCCACGACGACCGCGGGCCCGUCCUCGAGUCGAUCGUCGCGCGGACGGUCCGCCAGGUCGAGGCGACGCGCGACGCCGUGCGGCUCGUGGGCCUGUCGGCGACGCUGCCCAACUUCGCGGACGUGGCGGAGCUGCUCCGCGUCGAGCCGUCCGCGGGCAUGUUCUUCUUCGACAACAGCUUCCGGCCCGUGCCGCUGCAGCAGCAGUACGUCGGCGUCGCCGAGAAGAAGGCGCUCAAGCGGUUCCAGCUGAUGAACCAGAUCUGCUACGAGAAGGUGCUGGCGCAGGCCGGCCGGAACCAGGUCCUCAUCUUCGUGCACUCGCGCGCCGAGACCGCGAAGACGGCGGCGGCGCUGCGCGACAUGGCGCUCAACGACGACGCGAUCCACCGCUUCGUGCGCGAGGACUCGGCGACGCGCGAGAUCCUGCAGGAGGAGUGCGAGACGGCCAAGUCCGAGGCGCUCAAGGACCUCCUCCCGUACGGCUUCGCGAUCCACCACGCGGGCCUGGCGCGCGCGGACCGCACGCUCGUCGAGGACCUCUUCGCCGACCGCCACGUCCAGGUGCUGUGCUCGACGGCGACGCUGGCGUGGGGCGUCAACCUGCCCGCGCACACCGUGAUCAUCAAGGGCACGCAGGUCUACUCGCCGGAGCAGGGCCGCUGGGUCGAGCUGAGCCCGCUCGACGUCGUGCAGAUGCUCGGGCGCGCCGGGCGGCCGCAGUACGACGCCGAGGGCGAGGGCAUCGUGAUCACGAAGCACUCGGAGCUCCAGUACUACCUGAGCCUCAUGAACCAGCAGCUGCCGGUCGAGUCGCAGCUCGUCAAGCACCUGCCCGACCACCUCAACGCCGAGGUCGCGCUCGGCACCGUGCGCGACGUGCGCGACGCCGCGGCCUGGCUCGCGUACACGUACCUCUACGUCCGCGCGCUGCGCGCGCCCGAGCGCUACGGCGCCGCCGCCGGCCGCGACGCCGACGACGCGAGCCUCCUCCAGUGGCGCCUCGACCUCGCGCACUCGGCGGCGCUGCGGCUGGACAGGGACGGCCUCGUCGCCUACGACCGGCGCUCGGGCGCGCUCCGCGCGACGGCGCUCGGCCGCGUCGCCGCGCACUACUACGUCUCGUCGCAGUCGAUGGCGACGUACAACGAGCACCUCAAGCCGAACCUCUCGGACGUCGAGCUCUUCCGCCUCUUCUCGUUCUCGGGCGAGUUCCGCCACGUGCACGUCCGCGCGGAGGAGAAGCUCGAACUCGCGAAGCUCGCGACGCGCGUGCCGAUCCCCAUCAAGGAGGGCAUGGACGAGCCAUCGGCCAAGGUGAACGCGCUGCUGCAGGCCUACAUCUCGAACCUGGGCCUCGAGGGCUUCGCGCUCGUCGCCGACAUGACGUUCGUGCGCCAGUCGGCCGCGCGGCUCUGCCGCGCGCUCUUUGAGGUGGCGCUCAAGCGCGGCUGGGCGGCGGCGGCGGACAAGGCCCUGACGCUGUGCAAGAUGGUCGAGCGGCGGCUCUGGCCGUCGCAGUGCCCCCUCCGGCAGUUCCGGGGGGUGCCGGAGACGAUCGCGCGGAAGCUCGAGAAGAAGGAGAUCGCGUGGGACCGGUACUACGACCUGAAGCCGGGCGACCUGGCGGAGCUCGUGAAGCUCCCGAAGAUGGGCAAGACGCUCCACCGCCUCGUGCACCAGAUCCCGCGCGUCGAGCUCGCCGCGCACGUCCGCCCCGUGUCGCGCGGCCUGCUCCACGUCGAGGUCGUCGUCUCGCCCGACUUCCAGUUCGAGGCCAAGGUCCACGACUACGCCCAGAUCUUCCACGUGAUCGUCGAGGACGUCGACGGCGAGCGGAUCCUGCACCACGAGCCGCUCCGCGUGAGCCUGGACCGCGCGGACGCCGAGCACGUCGUCGAGCUGCGCGUGCCCGUCUCCGACCCCCCGCCGCCGCAGUACUUCCUCAAGGUCGUGAGCGACCGCUGGCUCCACAGCACGGCGUGCCUGCCCGUCUCGUUCCGCCACCUGAUCCUCCCGCGGAAGCACGCGCCGCACACGGAGCUGUUGGAUCUCCAGCCGCUGCCGGUCGGCGCGGUCGGCUCGCCCGAGCUCGCGGCGCUCUUCGCCGACGUGGGCCCCUACUUCAACCCGAUCCAGACCCAGUGCUUCGCCGCGCUCUACGAGUCCGACGAGUCCGCGCUCGUCUGCGCGCCGGGCGGCGCCGGCCGCCUCGUCUGCGCCGACCUCGCCGUGCUGCGGCACGUCGUCCGCCGGCGCGCCGCGCGCGCGCGCGCCGGAGGCGGCGGCGGCGGCGGCGGCGGCGUCGUCUACGUGGCGCCGCGCGCGGCGACGGUCCGGCGCGUCCUCCGGCGGUGGCGCGCGCGCUUCGCGGCGCUGCCGGGCGGCGCGCUCGUCGCGGCCGAGGCCACGGGCGACGUCGCGGCGGACCUCCGCGCGCUCCGCGAGGGCGACGUGCUGCUGGCGACGGCCGAGCGGUGGGACGCGCUGUCGCGGCGCUGGAAGCAGCGGCCGGCCGUCCGCGACGUCGGCCUCUUCGUCUUCGACGACCUCCACUGCGUCGGCCGCGACACCGCCGGCUCGACGCUCGAGAUCGUCGCGUCGCGCGCGCGCUACGUCGCGUCGCAGCUCGACGCGCCCGCGCGCGUCGUGGGCCUCGCGGCGGCGACGGCCGACGCGCGCGACGUCGGCGACUGGCUCGGCGUGCCCGCCGAGCGGUGCUACGCCUUCGCCGCGACCGUGCGGCCCGUGCCGCUCGAGCUCAGCGUCGUCGCGUUCGACGCGCCGCACGUCCAGAGCCGGCUCCUGAGCAUGGGCAAGGCGCUCUACGACCUCGCCGAGCGCGUCGCGCCGGACGCGCCCGUGCUCGCGUUCGCGCCGUCGCGCAAGCAGUGCCAGCUCACGGCCAUCGACGUCGCCGUCCGCGCGGCGGCCGACGCGGACGGCGCGGCCGCGCGGCGGCCGACGCGCGUCGGCCGGCGCGGCGGCGACGCCGCGUUCGACGACCCGGCGCUGCCGCGGACGGUCGAGGCCGGCGUGGCGUUCCUGCACGCGGGCCUCUCCGCGCGCGACCGCGCGACCGUCGAGCGGCUCUACGCGGCCGACGAGCUCUGGAUGCUCGUCGCGCCGGCGUCGACGUGCUGGGACCUCGACGCGACCGCCAAGCUCGUGUGCGUCCUGGGGACCGAGGCCUACGACGGCGCGCGGCACCGCUACGUCGACUACGACGUCACCGACGUCCUCGAGAUGACGAGCACGGCCGGCCGGCCCGGCGGCGUCGACGACGACGCGGCGUGCGCGGUCUUCUGCCACGCGCCGAAGCAGGCGUACCUGAAGCGCGCGCUGUACGAGCCGCUGCCCGUCGAGUCGCGGCUCGACGACGACCUGCACGACCACGUCAACGCCGAGGUCGUGGCGCGGACGAUCGAAUCGAAGCAGGACUGCGUCGACUACCUCACGUGGACGUUCUACUACCGCCGCCUCGCGAAGAACCCCAACUACUACGACCUCCGCGGCGCGUCGCACCGCCACGUCUCGGACCACCUCUCCGAGCUCGUCGAGCGCGUCGCCGGCGACCUCGAGGACGCGGGCUGCGUCCGCGUCGGCGACGACGAGACGUCCCUCGCCGCCCUGAACCUGGGCAUGAUCGCGGCCUACUACCGGCUCCGCUACGCGACCGUCGAGCUCUUCGCCGCGUCCGCGGCCGAGGCGUCGCGCGUGCCGCAGCUCCUCGAGGUCCUCGCGCACGCGGCCGAGCUCCGCGACCUCCCGCAGCGGCCGCAGGACGCGCCGGCGCUCGAGGCGCUCGCGCGCCACGCGCGCCACAAGCCGCCGCGCGGCUGCGGCCCGCCGGGGCGCGACGCCGCGGCCAAGGCCCACGCGCUGCUGCAGAGCCACUUCUCGCGGCGGCCCGUGGCGAGCGCCGACCUGCGCGCGGACCGCGACGCGGCCGUCGAGGCGUCCGUCGCGCUGCUCCAGGCGCUCGUCGACGUCGUCUCGUCCAACGGCUGGCUCGCGCCGGCGCUGCACGCCAUGGAGCUGAGCCAGAUGGUCGUCCAGGGCCUGUGGCACGACGACCCGCCGCCGCUCCAGGUGCCGCACGUCGACGCGGCCACGCUCGCGCGAGCCGCGGCGCGCGGCGCGCGGCUCGACCAGGUCUUCGACGUCGCCGCGCUCGACGACGACGUCCGCGACGCCGUGCUCGCGCUCGACCCGGCGCGGACGGCCGACGUCGCGAACUUCUGCAACGACUACCCGAACGUCGAGCUCCGCUACUCGGUCCUCGACGCCGACGCCGUCGUCGCCGGCGAGCCCGUCGCGCUCUCGGUGACCCUCGAGCGCGAGGUCGACGACGACAUGCAGGACGUCGGAUUGGUCCGCGCGCCGCGCUUCCCGGCGCGCAAGCGCGAGGGCUGGUGGCUCGUCGUCGCCGACGUCGCGAAGAACGCGCUCCUGGCCGUCAAGCGCGUCUCCGUCGCGCGCGCGGCCGACGUCCGGCUCGACUUCGUCGCGCCGCGCGCGCCCGGCGCCGCGUCCCUCACGCUCUACUUCAUGUCCGACUGCUACCUGGGCGUCGAUUUGCAGUACGAGUUCACGCUGGAGGUGCGCCCCUCCGAGUAG